AUGGUAUCAGCCACCGCCAUUCUAUUACUAUAUACUAGUAGUAGUAUACGUUCGGGGUACUUAGUUUUUUGGCUUUGCGUGUUUGGCGGAGCCGAAGGCGGUGACAGCUCAGCGUCAAGCUGUCUUUUCAGCCACCCAGAGCUGGCCCACGUCGACAACUGGUUCCGCAUUAACAAGGCUUGGCUUGCCCAUGGUCCAACACAGCUCAAUAGGGAAAGUCUAGAGCAUUGCUACUGCAUCAUGAAGGAAUCUAAGCCUCUCCACAACGAGGUCCUCUCUUUGGGUAAAACUCACGAAUGGUAG